CUAUUGUGGGUAUCAGAGGGUUAUAAAAGACGCACUAAUUCUCGUUAAUAUGUGCAUUUUCUUUCAUUGUCAGAUGAGCUUUUCCGUUCACAUGUUGAAGAAAAACGCAUCUCUGACAAGCUCGGGAGUUUUUUGACGCUCCCAUAAAUGCACCAAGAGUCCGGAGCGUCUUCCUCUCCUCUCCACGUCUGGUCAGCUGUCGGUGUUAUAGGAAGGAGGCACCAAAAAAAAAAAAAAAAAAAAUCCCCUCUGACUGUGAGAGUGUGUGUGCACGCAAGAAAAAAGGAGGACGAGACUUCGCCUGCACCUCAGUCUGCUCUGCAUCUCUCUUUCCACCGGACCGCAGUGGAUACAGCCGGCUGUAUACGGGACUAUACAUCUAUACUAUAAAACACAAGAUGUAAAAAAAGGAGGUGUUUUUUUUGGACAGAGAGCGUGUUUGAAGGAGGACUAACAGCAACAAAGCGAAAUCACUGCCUGGCUUUUUCUCUCUUUGCGCUCUUAUUCCCAUCACUGCUUGGUUGGUAAGUGAGGAUGCAGGAUACGCAGCAGCAUCACCGGCAUCGUUAGAAUAAAGCCUAUAAUACUAUAUUUAGACCUCCCAGUUCAGUAUAGGGCCUAUCAGAUCUCUGAAGAUUAAACAGGAGAAAUAAAACACCCCACCAAAAGGACUGCUUUUCUUUUCUUCAGGGGGGAUAAAGUGAGGAGGAGGUUGCAUAUAUAUUUUUUUUUCCAACUAUUUGGGGAUGUGGAUGCUUUUUUAUUCACGGGGGCGCGCUAAUGCCCCACAAAACAGGAGAUUAUUUAUCAUCUAAAGAUCAAAUUGAACUGGACUGCUGCUGCUGCUGAUGUUAUCUGCUCAUCUAUCUGCCCACAACAUCCAGAGAACUAUAUACAGGAGGGGAUUUGAGUUGCAAUUACGCUUUUCUUGCAAAAAAACGACGUCUUUCUGCAGGCAACUCCACACCGAAACCCGAGACAAACUAUAAUAGAGAAUAUAUUUCAGGAACUGGACAAAAAGGAGCACACGUAUAGCAGUGUGUGUACGCAGCAGCACAGCUUUCGGAGCCCAAACUGUGUGUGUGUGUGUGUGUAUAUAUACACACUUGUGCGAGAGCCGGGGGCACAUACUGUGUGUGUAUGUGAGAUGAGGAGAAGCUAAGUGGCUACCGCAACCACCCAGAUCAGACAGCCUCCUGUGCUGCAAGAUGGAUUAGAGCCCCACACCUCAGGAGAUCAAAGGUGGCUGUGACAGGGGCACCCCCGGGGCAGGACCCAUGAGGAGUCAUAGAAGAUGCUCACAGCCUGGGCGCUUCUGCUCUUCUUAGCCAUGUGGGUGAAAAGCACCUCUGGUGGCCCGCUCUCCUUCAGAAUAGCUGCCAUCCUUGAUGACCCUAUGGAGUGCAGCAGAGGAGAGCGUUUGGCCAUCACGCUGGCCAAAGACAGCAUCAACAGGAACACUAACCGCUCCAUCACUGGCAAGCUGGAGGUGGACAUCUUUGAACUGCUGAGAGACAGUGAAUAUGAGAUGGGGGAAACAAUGUGCCAGAUCAUGUCGAAAGGCGUGGUGGCAGUCCUCGGUCCCUCUGCCAGCCCGGCCUCCAACUCCAUCAUCAGCAAUAUCUGCGGAGAGAAGGAGGUGCCCUAUGUCAAGGUGGCUCCAGAGGACAUCCUGAAGGUUCAGUUCCCCCGGUUCACCACUCUGGACCUGAGGCCAACCAACACCGACAUCAGCCUGGCCGUGGCCGGCCUUCUCACCUUCUUUAACAGCACCGCCUCCUGCCUCAUCUGUGCACAGGCUGACUGCUUAUUGAACCUGGAGCAGCUCCUCAGGCAGUUCCUCAUCUCCAAGGAGACUUUGUCAGUGCGCAUGCUUGACGACAGCAACGACCCGACCCCGCUCCUGAAAGAGAUACGAGAUGACAAGACCGCCACUAUCAUUGUCGAUGCCAACGCCACCAUGUCUCAUGUCAUUUUGGAACGGGCAUCAGAGCUGGGGAUGCUGUCAGUCUACUACACGUACAUCUUCACCUCUCUGGAAUUCUCUUUACUCCGACUGGACGACGUGGUGGACCAACGGGUCAACAUAAUCGGUUUCUCAGUGUUCAACAAAACCCAUCCCUUCUUCCAGGAUUUUGUGCUAAGCCUCAACCGCUCCUGGCAAGAGAACUGUGACCAUGCACCCUUCGCUGGCACCCCGCUCUCCUCAGCUCUGCUCUUUGAUGCGGUAUACGCGGUGGUGGCGGCGGUCCAGGAGUUGAACCGUAGCCAGAAUGUUGGCGCCACUCAGCUCUCCUGCAAGUCCUCCAAGAUCUGGGAGCACGGCACCAGCCUCAUGAAUUACCUGAGGAUGGUAGAAUUGGAAGGUCUAACGGGCCACAUUGAAUUCAACAGCAAAGGUCAGCGGUCCAACUACGCCUUGAGAAUAAUGCAGAACAGCAAGGAUGGCCUAAGGCAGAUUGGCCUGUGGCACUCUGAAGAUGGACUGUCCAUGGAGAGAAAGCUUCCAUCAAUCAAUGUGACAGACACCCUCUUCAACACCACUCUUACCAUCACGACAAUAUUAGAGAAUCCAUAUGUGAUGCUGCGGCAGAACCACCAAGACCUGGAGGGAAAUGACCGCUACGAGGGCUUCUGUGUGGACAUGCUGAAGGAGCUGGCAGAUAUUCUCAAGUUCAAGUAUCGCAUCCGACUGGUGGGCGACGGACUGUACGGGGUUCCCGGAGCAAACGGAUCGUGGGCCGGCAUGGUUGGAGAGCUCAUCUCAAGGAAAGCUGACCUGGCAGUCGCGGGCCUCACCAUCACAGCAGAGCGUGAAAAGGUCAUUGACUUCUCCAAGCCUUUCAUGACUCUCGGCAUCAGCAUCAUGUACCGUGUCCACUUGGGACGUCGGCCAGGCUACUUCUCCUUUCUGGAUCCCUUCUCCCCGGGUGUCUGGCUCUUCAUGCUUCUGGCCUAUUUGGCUGUCAGCUGCGUCCUCUUUCUGGUGGCCAGAUUGACACCUUAUGAGUGGUACAACCCCCACCCUUGUCUAAAAGGUCGCUGUAACCUGCUGAUCAACCAGUACUCACUUGGCAACAGUUUCUGGUUCCCUGUCGGAGGCUUCAUGCAGCAAGGAUCCACCAUUGCUCCGAGAGCUCUGUCCACGCGUUGUGUCAGCGGAGUGUGGUGGGCCUUCACAUUAAUCAUCAUCUCAUCCUACACUGCCAACCUGGCUGCCUUCCUAACGGUCCAGAGGAUGGAGGUGCCGAUAGAGUCCGUAGACGACCUGGCAGAUCAGACGGCGAUAGAGUACGGCACCAUGCACGGAGGAUCCACAAUGACGUUCUUCCAGAACUCUCGCUACCAGACCUACCAGCGUAUGUGGAACUUCAUGCACUCGAAGCAGCCCAGCGUGUUUGUGAAGAGCACGGAGGAGGGCAUCGCUCGCGUCCUAAACUCCAACUACGCCUACUUGUUAGAGAGCACCAUGAACGAGUACUACCGCCAGAGGAACUGCAACCUGACUCAGAUUGGAGGACUGCUCGACACCAAGGGCUACGGCAUCGGCAUGCCGCUGGGGUCAGUGUACCGGGAUGAGUUUGACCUGGCCAUCCUCAAAAUGCAGGAGGACAAUCGUUUGGAGAUCCUCAAGAGGAAGUGGUGGGAUGGGGGCAAGUGUCCAAAGGAGGAGGACCACCGUGCCAAAGGUCUGGGCAUGGAGAACAUCGGCGGUAUCUUCGUGGUGCUGGUGUGCGGCCUGCUGGUGGCUAUCUUCAUGGCAGUGCUGGAGUUUGUCUGGAUGUUAAGACAGGCACCAGGAAAUGAGCAGUCAGUGUGUGAGGAGAUGCUGCGGGAGCUCCACGGGAUUGUCCUGUGUCGCGACAGCCUGCAGGUGAGGCGCCGGCGGACGGCUUCGAUGCUGCGGCCGCGACCCUUACCCCUGGAGGAGCGUCGGGCGCGAGCCGCCGCCGUCAGCCUCAGCAACGGCAAGCUGUGCGGGGGCACCGGACUGCCUGAACCCCUCUCCCACAGACUGGCGCAGGAGGCGGCCCUGGUCGCGAGGGGGUGCAGCCACAUCCGCAUUUGCCCCGAGUGCCGGCGCUUCCAGGGACUGAGGAUGCGUCCCGCGGGGGCCACCGGGGCCCUCCCUUCUCCCACGCACAGUGAGGAGAGCAUAGAGUGGGACAAGACCACAAAUAGCAGUGAACCUGAAUAACGCCCCGCGACUCCAACAGGACUGACUUUCCCAGCAGCCACCUCUCUACUUUCCAGGGAUCAAAGAUCACAUGGUAUUUUCAUUCAGCCAUUCGGAGCUUGAUCUUACAGGGCAGCACAGCGAUGUGAACCUUGUUUUGCCCUCGAGGCAAAAGCCAGUAGUCAGUUUUGGAGUCUCCUUGGGUGAAUUUUUUUCCUUGGCCACAGGAGAAACUGAUGAGUCUGUCUCGGUGUGGUCUGUCCCUGUUGGCUCUCUGUACUAUGUCAAACAGGACGGACAAAAACAGCUACGGGGCAUUUGUACUAUGCAGUAUUUUCAGUCAUUUAUCAUUGUGCUGUUUCUUUUUUUCCCCCUUUUUAAAUUAUUUCUGUCCUCUGUUGGAUUAUCAGUACUGAAUAUUGUUAUUCUAUUGUUCUUAAAAAAACAAACUUUAAACAAGUUCCUUUUUUUUAUCUGACAAUUUACUGUAUGAACGUAUAUUGCCUCUGAAGCUGCAAAGAUGAACAGACUAAUGCAAGGUCAUCUUCAAAUCCUUUUAUUUUGAAAGUGCCAAAAACCAUGAGUGUUAUCUUGUGGCUGAAGAAAGCACCACAGCCUUGAGAAGACAACAAACUCAACUGAACCUAGAAAACAAACAAACAGACACACGGACUUCUUUUAUAGUAGUGAUAUUCUAUUAAAAAAUGUUUUAACUGUUGGUAUCUCUGAAAGACAGCGAUGCAUGUCCAGAGGUGUUGGCAGGUGCUCAUUGAAUGAUAAAGUGGUGGCUGAGUAGCUGAAAGAAUGAUUUCUGGUUAUGAAUACCUUGGCAUUACGUUCUCCUCCAUCUGUCCUACAUCUUUGACACCAUGACACGUUUAUUGUCUCAUCACCUGUCCGUUUUAUGAUCUCUCACUUAAAAAUGUACACGCGUUGUCUCCUGUGCCGUCUGUAAGAGAUUAGAGGAAGAAUGAUUCAGGUUUCAUAAGGACAAGCCAGACUGUGAAUGAUAUUAUCUUUUAUUCCACAGCUAUGUUGAAUACUCGAUUCUGAUUGGUCAAUAACGGCGUUCUACGGUCUGUUAUUUCUUUAUAGCAGACCGUUGCUAUGGGCGCAGUUCUGAUAUCGGAGUCUGGUGUACCAUUUUUGUGUCAAAUGAUUGAUUUCAUAAGUAAGUAGCCGUGUAAUAAGCAGGAUAAUGUACAGCUACCGGGUCGUUGUUUUGAAAUAAACCCCUUCAGGGCGCUGCAAGACCCCUCCGCCCGCAUUGCCCUGUCAGGGUUUAUUUCACAACAAUGACCUGCUCACUGUUCAUUAUCCCUUCCAUAUCAGAACCAAAUGAAAACAUAAAGUCCCUGGAAAAUGAAAGUGUUUUAUAUCUGAAGUUGUUUUGAAUUCUUUUAAAAUGUCAAAGCAGUUAAACUUUUACUGAAUGUGAUGUUUUACACACUGCUUCGAGGAGUAUUUCAGUUCGUAUCAGCC